ACUAACUUCACCACGGUGACCCUGGCCACGUCAUCAAACUGAAAGUGGAAGUGUUUGUGAAGGCUCGGGACUGACAGCGUGGCUAUUACUUAGUUCCCACCGACCAAUACUGCCAUCGAGGAGGUGAAAGGCAACCGACACCAGAUAAAUCACGAGUGUCAAGAACAUAAUCAUGAAUGACGGUCAGAACACAGGAGAAAGUACUGAACAAGCUGUCAAUACUGCUGGGCAGCGAGACCUUAAUGAUUGUCAGACGAACGCCUAUUCACUUCAGGAGUGUGUGGACGUUGGGCCACACAUAACACAACCAUAUGUUGUCUCUCCUCCUGGGCAAAUCAAGAUCCCGUCUGUGACACAUGAUGCUGUGUUUCUGAGCUGGGACCCUCCUGAAGGACUGACUGAGUCUCUUAGAUUCAGAGUAACCUGGAAAUGUGAAAGCACAGGAGAUCUGCUCUGUUCUGAAGUGCCAGUUCCAAAUAUUUGCAUUCAAGGCCUCACUCCAGGAAUGAAAUAUGAAUUUACUGUAGCCACCAUCAGUGACAGCGGGAGGCAAAGUAAGAGUGUUUCAACAACCAGAACAACAGAUGUUCUUGAGCCAAAGGAACUGAAGACUGAAGUGACCACAACAUCAGCUCGCCUUAGCUGGACUCUGCCAUAUGAGAUGGACCUGACUUCUCAUAGUUUCUGCAUAUCUUACUCUAGUACAGGGAAAGAUAAAGAGUUUAUCUCCACUUCCUCGUACUGCACAGUCAUCACAGGCUUGCAACCAGACACAAAGUACACUGUCAAUGUCUCCAUUGUGUGCCACAGUGGAAUUUGCCAGCCUGCUACAACUACCUUCCGUACUAAUGGUGUUGAGAGACCUUCUGAAGACAAGCAACACACCACCUCUACCUCUGAAGAGCUCCUUCCUCCUCGGCAAAUAAAUAUCACGUCAGUGGCACAUGAUGCUGUGUCUCUGAGCUGGAAACCUCCCGAAGGACGGACAAAGUCUCUGAAAUUCAGAGUCACCUGGAAAAGUGAAAGGGAAGGAGAUCUGUACCGAUCUGAAGUGCCAGUUGCAAAACUUCGCAUUCAAGGCCUCACUCCAGGAGUGAAAUAUGAAUUUACUGUAGUCACCAUCAGUGACAGUGGUGGGCAAAGUACUAGUGUUUCAACAACCCAAACAACAGAUAACUUCACAUAUUGA